AUGCCGGUGGCCGAGUGCGGUUCUGGUCUGCCACAGGCCGGUGAGGGGCCUUGCGGCCCUGAGGCUGAGCUCAGGGAAGAGGUCGCAUGUCUGACGGGGGAGGUGCAUCGAUUGCAGCGGGAGAACCGUCUCCUCCAGCACGUCCUUCAUGCCGCCGCCGACAAUCAGCAUCGCCGAGGCGACUUCACAGGGGGUGGGGAGGGGUACGGGCCCCCGUCUGCGGGAGGCCUUCCCCCCGCACACAUGGCCGAGGCCAAUGGGGGACGGGGGGAUGCUUGGGAUCGGGGGGGGGCUGGGACCCUCGGGGGGGAUUGGGGGACUCGUAACGUGGACUUCACGCUCUCGCGGCGCAGAUUCUCGGCACCCGAGUGCGCGGGCGGAACGCGCCCUUGGCUGCCGGAGCAAGGGGCGGUCGCGGGGUACGACCGGGGUCACGGGGGACACGUGGGGGGCAAGGACGACAUGCGCGAGCACACAGCGCUUGCACACACAACACCUACACACACAACGCCUGCGCACGGGACACCUAUACACGCGACGCCUGCGCACGCAACGCCUGCGCACGCGACGCCUGCGUGGGGGGCACAAGACUGCACACCGCCCGAGCCGAUAGACAACGACUCUGGCGGCGAGUGCAUCGACGGUUCGGGUCGCGAGGGAGCGGCGUUCGAUGUGCGCAAGCUGCGCAGGGAGGGUGGCGAGGCGGGCUGCACAGCGCGUGGGGCGCUGCGCUCCCGGCUACGGGAGGCCACAGCGGAGGUGGGGCGGCUGCGAGGCCUCCUGGAGCAGAGCCGCACUGACCACCGGCGAGCCAUCUUUGAGCUGGAGGCCCUGCGCGAGAGGCUCGCCGCCGUGCGAGAGCUCGAAUGCCUCGACUCCCUUGACUCGUGCGGCGGCGACGCUGCGGGUGGCGAGCCGACGGCCGGCCUUUGGUCGCCCGGCAACCGGAGGAUCUCCGAGCCUGACACGGCGAAUGUUGGGGAGACCCGGGGGCCGACGUCGCCUCCGCCACAACGGCUCGAGGCAUCGUCUGCGAACCUGGCGGAAAGUGCGGUGGAGUGCGGCUUGGGAUCGGAGCGCGAAGCAGCGGCGCUGCUCGAGAGGAUCUCCAACUUGGAGGGGCUGCUGCAACUGGCGGAGGCCGCCGAGGCGGAGCGGGCGUGCCGCGAGCGGGCCCUGCAGGAGCAGGCGCGCGUGGCCCAGCUCAAGGCUACGCGACUGGAGGAGAGGCUGGCGGAGCACGCCGAGACGGAACGACGGCUGGCCGAACGCUUCCAGCAGGUGGAGCGCCUGGAAGAAGAGAAGGAGGAGGUGGAGGAGGAGAUGAACGCACGUACGGAGCGCCUGAAUCGCCUGCUGCGGGAUGAGAGGGCACUCCGGGCACAGCUGGAGGUGUCGCUCGACGAGCUGACCAUGCAGGUCUCCGACCUGGAGUCCGAUCGCCGUGUGCUGCAAAAGCGCGUCUCUGAGCUGGAGGACGCCGUGACAGAGCACGAGCUGUCGAAGCGACGCGCGGAGCGUCGGGCCACCCAGCAGGCGGAGAUCGUGCGUGAAACCGUGGGGAGGGAGGGUCGGGUACGUGACCGGGCCGCCCGCCUGGAGCGGCAGCUCGCCGAGAGGGCCACCGCCGAGGCUCGGCUGCAGCAGCAGUUGGACGAGGCGCGCCAAGAGCGCCACGCGGCCGAGAAGAAACUCGCUGAGCACAAAGUGGACGCGGCCAAGAGCAGGCAGCCGGCGCUCGAGUUCCCGGAGAUUGCGCAAGAGCGGGAGCACCUCCACGAGCAGCUGAGCCUGGCAGCCGAGGCCUCCAUGAAUCCCAGUGGUGCCGGCGGCUCCCGUCUGCUCACUGUGCUGGAGGGAGAGCUCGCCGAGCAGGAGCAGCGUCUGGGGGAGCUCGAGCAGGAGAGGGACCGGUUGCGGGAGGAGCUGCAGGCCAAGGAGAGAAGCGAGCGCCACAUCAUCGAGCGGCUCCGCGUCACCGAAGAGCAGUGUGGUGUGGCGGACGAGAGGGCAUCCGCCCUACAGGAGCGACUGGUCCGUGGCGAGGCCCUGCUGGAGGCCAAGGCUGACACGGAGCGUGCGAUGGCGGCUCGCCUUGCUCAGCAGGAGGCCCUGCUGCAGGACAUGGAGGCCACACAUCAGCGACUUGUCAUUCGCAAUGAAGAGGUGCGCCGGCGCCAGCGCUCGCUCGGCGAGGAGCUUCACCGCUGGAGGGCGAGAGGAGGAGCGGCCGAGGCCUCCCUGGAGCAACUGAAUGGCGAGUGGCAGCGGGAGACUGCGCGGGCGCUGGCUGCUGAGGGGGCGGUCGCACGACUGCAGGAGGAGGUGGCUAUACUGACCAAGAAGCUGGAGACGCAGCGAGCAGAGCACGACGGCGCCAUGCACGCGGCGGCCUCCGCCCUCGCGGAGCGAGAGGCGGAGUGGGCGUCCACCCUGGCCCAGACGACGUGCGACGCGUCUGCGAGGGAGGCCCGUCUGUCCACCACCAUUGAGCAGCUGGAGAUGGCGGGCGCAGAGCUGAGGCGCGAGGAAUCGCGGCUGGGCCAGCGUGCCAAGGGGGCCGAGCGGGCCAGCGUGGCCCUACGCUCCCAGCGGGAUGAGGCCCGCGCCGAGCUCGCUCGCCUGGUUGAGCAGCUGGACGGAGCAAGCGCCACCGUGAUGGAGGAGAGGGAGUCAGGGGCCACCGCUCGCAAGGAGAGGGAUGCGGCCCAGGCCGCCCACGCGUCCCUCGCCCGCGCAGAAGCUGCGCUGCGCAACAGGUGCUCCCAUCUGCAGCAGGACGUUCUCGAGGCUGGCGAGCGCGAGCAGAAGACCGUCAAAGAGCUGCAGGUGGUACGGACGCAGGUGGAGUCACUCACCCAAGAACUGGUUGCUCUCCAAGAGGAGCAGAGGUUUCUCCACGGGAAGGUCUCCUCCCUGCAGUGCUCUGAGGCCAAACUCCUGGACAGAGUACAGGAGCUCGAAAAGUCUGAGGCCAAUCUCAAAGCUCAGCUAAAUGAGGCGGCAGGAGCACAGGGGAGACUAGAGGGCCCAGGAGGGCCCAGGGGCCCUGGGGAGACUGAGGAGGUCCUGGAGGUGGUCACUCUGCAGACUCGGCUGCGCUCUUUGCUGUGCACGCAGCGUGACCUCCAAGCCACGGUGUCGGGCCAGAACACCACGGAGCUGGUGCUGCGCGAGCGCCUCCGUCGCUCCCAGGAGCUGCUCCUUUCUAAGGAGGCGGAGCUCCGGGCUCAGGCCCGCUACUUCGAGCACUACAAGUGCACGCAGCGCGCCCAGCUGCAGGCCCUGCAGGGGCGGCAGGAGGAGCCGGGAGGGUCAGCAGCCCCGAGUGCCGCGGAACUGAGCCCGGAGCCGCUGGCCGUCGGUGACGAUGAUCGCCCGGGCGACGCCGUGGAAACGAGCGAGUCUUUGGCCGUCCUGCAGCAGCACACGCUCGGCAGGUUCUCCUGCUGCCUGCAGCUGGGCGACGAGGCCCUGAUCCGGGAGCGUGAGGCUUUGCGUGAUGAGGCGAGGCUGCACGAGGAGUUGGAGAAGGAGCGGAGGGCGAGGGUGGAGGUGCAAGAGAAUCUGGAGCAAGCGCUGGAGAGCGAGGUGCUUCUCAUGCGCAGGCUGGAGGAGAUGAAGGCCCGGAUCGGUGAGCUCAAGCUGCCGCGAGAGAGAGCGUCUCAUGCGCUGCAGGCAGAGAAUUCUGCACUACAGGAGGACACAGCAAGCCUACAGGCAGAGAACACAGCACUGCAGACUGACUGUAUAACAUUACAAGCAACUGCUGCCAAACUACAAGUAGACAUUGCAAACCUGCACACAGACAGCACCAAGUUACAGGCAGACAAUGUAAAACUACAAGCCGACAAUACCGCAUUACACACGCACAAUACCACAUUGCAGGUGGAUAACACGGUGUUACAAGAAAACAUUGGAAGAUUACAAGUGUACAGCACCACAUUACAUGCAAAGAAUGAGAGAUUACAGCAAGAGAACACCAAGUUACAGGCAGACAAUGUAACAUCACAGCAAGAGAUCUCCAAGUUACAGGCAGACAAUGCAACAUCACAACAAGAGAUCAUCAAGUUACAGGCAGACAAUGCAACAUCACAGCAAGAGAUCUCCAAGUUACAGGCAGACAAUGCAACAUCACAGCAAGAGAUCAUCAAGUUACAGGCAGACAAUGCAACAUCACAGCAAGAGAACACCAAGUUACAGGCAGACAAUACAACAUCACAGCAAGAGAUCACCAAGUUACAGGCAGACAAUGCAACAUCACAGCAAGAGAUCUCCAAGUUACAGGCAGACAAUGCAACAUCACAGCAAGAGAUCACCAAGUUACAGGCAGACAAUGCAACAUCACAGCAAGAGAUUAUCAAGUUACAGGCAGACAAUGCAACAUCACAGCAAGAGAACACCAAGUUACAGGCAGACAAUGUAACAUCACAGCAAGAGAUCACCAAGUUACAGGCAGACAAUGCAACAUCACAGCAAGAGAUCUCCAAGUUACAGGCAGACAAUGCAACAUCACAGCAAGAGAUCGCCAAGUUACAGACAGACAAUGUGACAUUACAGCAAGAGAACACCAAGUUACAGGCAGACAAUGUGACAUUACAGCAAGAGAUCACCAAGUUACAGGCAGACAAUGUAACAUCACAGCAAGAGAUCACCAAGUUACAGGCAGACAAUUCAACAUCACAGCAAGAGAUCACCAAGUUACAGACAGACAAUGUGACAUUACAGCAAGAGAUCACCAAGUUACAGGCAGACAAUGUGACAUCACAACAAGAGAUCUCCAAGUUACAGGCAGACAAUGUAACAUCACAGCAAGAGAUCAUCAAGUUACAGGCAGACAAUGUAACAUCACAGCAAGAGAUCUCCAAGUUACAGGCAGACAAUGCAACAUCACAGCAAGAGAUUAUCAAGUUACAGGCAGACAAUGCAACAUUACAGCAAGUGAACACCAAGUUACAGGCAGACAAUGUAACAUCACAGCAAGAGAUCUCCAAGUUACAGGCAGACAAUGCAACAUCACAGCAAGAGAUCACCAAGUUACAGGCAGACAACGUAACAUCACAGCAAGAGAUCACCAAGUUACAGGCAGACAAUGUAACAUCACAGCAAGAGAUCUCCAAGUUACAGGCAGACAAUGCAGCAUCACAGCAAGAGAUCACCAAGUUACAGGCAGACAAUGUGACAUUACAGCAAGAGAACACCGAGUUACAGGCAGACAAUGCAACAUCACAGCAAGAGGUCACCAAGUUACAGGCAGACAAUGCAACAUCACAGCAAGAGAUCACCAAGUUACAGGCAGACAAUGCAACGUCACAGCAAGAGAUCUCCAAGUUACAGGCAGACAAUGUAACAUCACAGCAAGAAAUCACCAAGUUACAGGCAGACAAUGUAACAUCACAGCAAGAGAUCUACAAGUUACAGGCAGACAAUGUAACAUCACAGCAAGAGAUCACCAAGUUACAGGCAGAUAAUGUAACAUCACAGCAAGAGAUCUCCAAGUUACAGGCAGACAAUGUAAUAUCACAGCAAGAGAUCUCCAAGUUACAGGGAGACAAUGCAACAUCACAGCAAGAGAUCACCAAGUUACAGGCAGACAAUGUAACAUCACAGCAAGAGAACACCAAGUUACAGGCAGACAAUGCAACAUCACAGCAAGAGAUCUCCAAGUUACAGGCAGACAAUGCAACAUCACAGCAAGAGAUCACCAAGUUACAGGCAGACAAUGCAACAUCACAGCAAGAGAUCUCCAAGUUACAGGCAGACAAUGUAAUAUCACACCAAGAGAUCUCCAAGUUACAGGCAGACAAUGUAACAUUACAGCAAGAGAUCACCAAGUUACAGGCAGACAAUGUAACAUCACAGCAAGAGAUCACCAAGUUACAGGCAGACAAUGUAACAUCACAGCAAGAGAUCACCAAGUUACAGACAGACAAUGUAACAUUACAGCAAGAGAUCACCAAGUUACAGACAGACAAUGUAACAUCACAGCAAGUUAUCACCAAGUUACAGGCAGACAAUGCAACGUUGGAGAUUGAGAGGAGGCAGCUGCAGUGCAUCAGCUGCAAGCGGCGGCUGCAAGAAGUCGAGCUGAGGCGCAGCACGGAGGAUGAUUUGAGUGAGGAGGAGCAGAAAGAGGAGGAGCCCACACCGGCCACGAAGCUGAACAACGGCGGUGAGGACGGCUGCCCAGCACGAUCCUGUGUGGACGCCACGGCCCAGCACACGACCAGGCCUCCCUGUGCACUCACCACGGCCUCUCCAAAGAGCAGGAGACUGAUUCAACUGUGCAAGUCCAUCACAGACAGCAUGGGGGAAGAUGAGAAGCCAACGCGAUAUCAGGAGCUCAAGCGAUCACUUCUCCAACUGCGCUCCCAGCUGAAGAGUGGAGAGAUGGUGUUUUGGGAGGAGCUCCUAGAACGCCGCUGGAGGAACGCGAUGGACCCGACCCUCAACAAGAAUCUGCAGACGACACUGACCCUGGGCACCAUCACCAAGGAGCCGGGUGAGCCAGGUCCGACUGCCCUGCUGGCCUGGCUGGAGGGAGUGUGCGAGGGCCACUCCGAGAUGGCCGGGGAGACUGUCGCUGCUCGCCAGCGGGAGGGGCAUGCGUGUGCAGAGCGGCAGGAACACUCGCGCGGAGCACAAGAGAUGGCUGACAGCGCCACUCUCUGUGGCCUCUCCGAUUCCACAAGCAGAGAGGGGAGUGAGGAGAGGGAGGGGAGUGAGGAGAGGGAGGAGAGUGAUGAGAGGGAGGACGUGGAAGAGGUAAAUGCAGAAGAUAGAAACAGAAGCCACGGCAGUCAAGACAACGGUGUCACCAGCAGCAGCUGUUGCAGGCCAGAAGACAUCCUGAUACAUGAGAACCAGCUACUCAUGGAGAGGUUGAGCCAACUCGAGGGAGAGAACCUCCUCUUUGUGACCAAGAACAACAUCAUGAAGGGAGAGAUGGAAAGGAUAGCCCGGGAGCGAGAGCCGGGCGGUGACAAAAACACCAACGCCCGGGCCGAGCGCCGCGGGGCAGCCGGCGAAGGUGAUGCGCAAGAGCAGCUGGCGGGCACCCGGAGUCGCCACAACACUCAGCUGGGAAGGGGCUGCAGUCGGAGCGAUGCGGCGUGCAUGACGGACGCAGAAAUGGGACGGCAGCGUUCGGCAAUCACGGAUGGUACGAGCGUCACGACCGACAUGGCAGACGCUCCGGUUUCGUCGGAAAUGUCUGCCUUGCUCAGGUCUCUCCAAGAGCAGCUGCAGCGGAGCGAGGCAGAGCGUGGCAUGCUGCAGGGGAGGCUGUCGGCGCUGCGGGACAACGAGAAGGAGGCGAGGGAAGGACGGGAGGACGUGCGCAUUCAACGCGACGUCCAGGAACUGCGGGCGAGUUGCGGUGGCAGAUUCCGGCCCGCCGCCGUCUUCGCGUCAGAAAGUCCGGGCAGGGAGCCGGGCGCAUGGAGCACGACAGCUGCGGUGGCGCAAGAAGUCGGAAAGUUGGAGCGGGAGAACGCGCUGCUGGAGCAACGCAUCGCCGCACUCGAGCGAGAUGGAUCCCAGCGACGCGCUGACGGGGGACGGCUGCCGGCGUCGUGCGGAGAUGGCGAGUCGGAGGGGCCCGACGUUUGGGUUCCGCUGCGCGAGGCGGAAGCCCUCCAGGGACGUGCGGUAGCCAGCCUCUCGAAGCGGGGCGGAGCAGGGGGAACACAUCCACCAGGGCCGGCUCGGUACGGAGAGCAGCCAGAGAACGAAGAGAGAGGCCACAGGGAGAGCAGCAGCACCAGGGAGGGCGGCACGGACAUCAACUUUCUGCUGCAGAGCUACAAGAGUCUCAAAAGCCAGAUCGCAUUGCUCCAACAAAAGAGGAUUGAGGCCGAGCUUGCUGUGGCUCCGCUCAAGGCGCGACUGGCGAACGUCGUGGGGAAGUGCGGCGCACGAGGUGCCCUGCUCUGUCGCCUGGUGGAGGAGCUGCGGGCCCUGGGUGUGGCCGGGGGCCCCCUGGUGCAGGAGGCCGAGGAGGCGCUGCACGACGCCACCAUGGACGACUACCUCCUCGAGUACCUACCCAGGAGCGGCUCGAAAGGCGACCCCCCAGCGACCAGCCGCUGCACCGACUCCCACACUGAUGCCGCGGGGUCCUCCGAGCCUGUACAUGGUUAUGGGGCCUCCUGGCAUUGCAAGAGAACCCACCCACUGCAACAAGACAACCGCCUUGCAGGAGGCCUAACCCUGCUCUUGAGCUCACAGAGCCGGGCCGGCAGUCCCGACCAUGACACUGGGAGCUACGGGGCAGGACCAGAGCUGGCCUCCUACAUAGCGCUGUGUGACUACCAGCCUCCUGCAGAUGCACCGACCUCUGACCUGCCCCUGCUGGGGCUACGCGCAGGGGAGGUGGUGCGUGUGGCCAUCCUCGCUGGGGGCCCGAGGCUGCGCACGGCGGGGCUGCGGCACGCCGAGGUCAGAGGUCGCCUGGGCUUGGUGCCGGCUCGUUGCCUGGAGCCGCUGGGAGACGUCGCCUCGCCCGGACUGGAGCAGCGACUCCACCUGGAGCAGCAGCAGCAGCUCUCCUCGCUGUGCGGAGCGGCCCAGGAUCCCGGUGCAGAGCUGAGUCAGCGUCGGGCCCGGAGCCCCGCACAGAGGCGCGUGCCCCCGUGGCUCACAAGCUCCUCUGACGACGAUGAUUACGACGAUUAUGAGGAAAACGAGUUCUACAGUGAACAGUUUGUAGAAUUUGAUGAUGGUGAAGAGUCCGAGGAUGGGGCAGCAGACGGGGCGCGUCCUAGGAGCGAGUGCCACCAUGCCGGCAGCUCGAUGAGCAACAGCUCUCGGGGCAGUGAUCACGACGGCAUGGAUGCAGUGGAGGCCACUGACAGCUGAGCGCCCCCUUCAGCCUCGCCACUCUUCCGUGCGUUCACGGUGGAACGCGCGAGCUCAGGCCCUGGACGCCGCCUCCGCUGGCUGCCGCGCUCACCUCGUGGCUUUACCGCCUCCACCGCCACUUCCUUCUCGGCAUCAGAGAGCAACUGCGCUCACGACCUCCACCUAGCGACACCCCAUGUGACCCGCACCCCACACAGCACACCACACGCACAGCACACUGGCUCACACCAGACGCACAUCAUACUCAAUCACAGCGCACUCGCGCAUUUACUGACGCGCAUUCUCUCACACCGCGUUCACUCACGUUCCCAGCAGUCCUGGGAGCCGUCGAGAAGGAGGCCUCAAGCCCCCGUCCCCUCGGAGCGCCCCCUCCGUGCACACUCCUGGGAGGGGUUCAUGUUGAGGUUCCGUCUUGGGCCCGUGGGCCCGGCUUGUUGCUCAGGACACGGCGCCUCAGGAAGUGAGGGUCUAAACAGGCACGGGGGGGCCCCGGGGGCAAGAGCGGGUCCGUGGGACCCCCGCACGGAUGAUGAUGUAUCAUAAUAAUUUGGAUUUAUAUUGACGGUUGUACAUAGGCGGCCGCGCUGUAAUUAGCCGCCUUUUUUUGCUAUCGUUGCAUUUGAAACCCCCACGUGAUGAACGUGAGGACGAGGGUUUCACCUCGACGAACAUUUACGAAUGGGCGGGCGAGCGAUGUGCCUCUCGGGGUCGCUGGCUCGCCGUUGGAGUCGCGCAGGGUGCCUGGAGCCACGUGUCACCCCCCCCCCCCCCCCCGCGUUUAUAUUAAACUGCACCGCGUGCGGUGCGGGCACAGUA